CUCCAGGUUCGCUGUUCCUGGUGCCGUUCCUGACGCGGCUGCUGUCGUUCACUGACGCUUCCCUGGUGGUGGUGGGGACGCUGUCUAUGAUCGGAGAGUACGUGUGUUAUGGGCUGGUCAGCGGGCCCCCUCAAGCCUUCCUCAUGUGGCUGGGGCCCCCGGCUGGUCUUAUCUCUAAUGCAAUGGUCAUCUCCUUCAAGUCCAUGUCCACCAAACUGGUCGGCAGCAAGGAGAAAGGUCGCAUCAACGCGGUGAUGGCGGCCCUCAACGGUCUGAUGCCCAUGAUGGGCUACGCCGUCUACUCUCCUCUCUACUACAACACUGUCGACACCUUCCCCGCUGCCCAGUUCUUCUUUGCUGCCAGUCUCAACGUCAUCAUCAUGGUCACUUUCAUACUGUUGCAAGUGAUAUCUCAGUCAUCAUCAUAUAGCGCUACUGACCUGGAGGCGGGAGCCAAGACUACUGACGAAGGCAUCUAUGGCUUCCUGAAGCAACGGUCAGCUGUCACCCUCAAGUCCAUCGCUCGGACUCUCAGCGGUCCCGGAGGAGUUCGCGUCACCCAAAAACGCCACGACUCUUCGGCUCCCAGCCAGCUCUCUGGCGCCAUUAAAUCCCUCGCCCGAACUCUAAGUAGAUCUGGAAAUGAAGGUGAUUCACCAAAAUCACAGGAUACGUCGACCACCAAGCAGUUUUCAGGCAUCCAAAAGGCUGUUACUCGAACGCUCAGCGGUCCGGCAAGAGUUCGCGUCACCCCAAAAAAAAUAGAUUUGCCCCUAACUGACCAGUCGACUGGUAUGAAGCGAAAGCCGAAAGGAAAACUUUCAAGAUUGAGUUCCUUACCUCAAGGCAGAACCAAAAACUUCUGAGGAAUCUUUACAAAAAAACUGCUACUGUAAGCUUGACCUCAGGGGCAACAGGAGUCAGUGUUCUAGGCAAACAUUGCCAGAAUCUUAACUCAACUUUUGCUUCAGACCAGAACAGUCCGGCUACUGUGAGAGCCAAGAGGCCGAGGAGCCUGGAGGCUGGGAUGGAACAUCAGAGAACCGGAUGCUGUGCCAGCAGGAUGAGUGACUAUCAGAUCGCUGCGUCAGAGGCCACUCACUGCUACGCCAGCAGGAUGAGUGACGAUCAGAUCACUGCGUCAGAGACCACUGGCUGCUACACCAGCAGGAUGAGUGACUAUCAGAUCACUGCGUCAGAGACCACUCACUGCUACGCCAGCAGGAUCAGUGACGAUCAGAUCACUGCGUCAGAGACCACUGGCUGCUACACCAGCAGGAUGAGUGACUAUCAGAUCACUGCGACAGAGACCACUGGCUGCUACGCCAGCAGGAUGAGUGACGAUCAGGUCACUGCGUUAGAGACCACUGGCUGCUACACCAGCAGGAUGAGUGACGAUCAGGUCACUGAGUCAGAGACCACUGGAUGCUACACCAACAGGAUGAGUGACGAUCAGAUCACUGAGUCAGAGACCACUGGCUGCUACGCCAGCAGGUUGAGUGACGAUCAGAUCACUGCGUCAGAGACCACUGGCUGCUACGCCAGCAGGAUGAGUUACGAUCAGAUCACUGAGUCAGAGACCACUGGCUGCUACGCCAGCAGGAUGAGUGACGAUCAGGUCACUGCGUUAGAGACCACUGGCUGCUACACCAGCAGGAUGAGUGACGAUCAGGUCACUGAGUCAGAGACCACUGGAUGCUACACCAGCAGGAUGAGUGACGAUCAGAUCACUGCGUUAGAGACCACUGGCUGCUACACCAGCAGGAUGAGUGACGAUCAGGUCACUGAGUCAGAGACCACUGGAUGCUACACCAGCAGGAUGAGUGACGAUCAGAUCACUGUGUUAGAGACCACUGGCUGCUACGCCAGCAGGAUGAGUGACGAUCAGGUCACUGCGUUAGAGACCACUGGCUGCUACACCAACAGAAUGAGUGACGAUCAGAUCACUGAGUCAGAGACCACUGGCUGCUACGCCAGCAGAAUGAGUGACGAUCAGAUCACUGUGUUAGAGACCACUGGCUGCUACACCAGCAGGAUGAGUGACGAUCAGGUCACUGAGUCAGAGACCACUGGAUGCUACACCAACAGGAUGAGUGACGAUCAGGUCACUGAGUCAGAGACCACUGGAUGCUACACCAACAGGAUGAGUGACGAUCAGAUCACUGAGUCAGAGACCACUGGCUGCUACACCAACAGGAUGAGUGACGAUCAGGUCACUGAGUCAGAGACCACUGGCUGCUACACCAACAGGAUGAGUGACGAUCAGAUCACUGAGUCAGAGACCACUGGAUGCUACACCAGCAGGAUGAGUGACGAUCAGGUCACUGAGUCAGAGACCACUGGCUGCUACACCAACAGGAUGAGUGACGAUCAGAUCACUGAGUCAGAGACCACUAGUAGAGACCACCUUGGAUAACGAGGCCUCAAGGACCAAUAACUCAUCAUAAAUACCUCGCCCACUAACACCUACACUAAGCUGGCCUCUGUGAGGCCGACAUUAUUAAAUAUAUCUUAAACAUA